UGUCAUUGUGUGCUGCUAACUUCCAGUCUGCAUUUCCGGUGCCACAUUUCACUCGCAAAAAUGGUUUCUUGGGAAUAUUCUCAGCAUCAGCACAGCUCAACAAAUAAUUGGAGAUAUUAAAUCCGCAUCCCUUUCUUCCUCGGAUCACUCCUCGACUCGAUCACACGCACGCUCCCGCUACGGAUUCGAGUUCUUGUUUUCUCCACGAGGGAUGACGCUGUGGUGGCUGUGGGCGGCGGCCACAUGGACAUGGCUGGCUGCUUGCGCCGCCGCCGCGCACCCCGGCGGCGGUGGCGGCGAGCAGCCGCUGUCGAGGAUCGCCGUCGGGAGCACGACCCUCGCCGUCGACGGCUCGGCGCGCCUCAAGGCGUCCCCGACGGUUCUUGGGCAGGAGGGCGAGAACAGUGGGUGGGUACAGCUGGAGUUCUUCAGCCCCAACCCCUCCGGCGACGACUGGAUUGGGGUCUUCUCUCCUGCCAAUUUCAGUGCUGCAACCUGUGAGCCUGAGAAUAAGAGGCAGUAUCCUCCAGUGCUAUGCUCAGCACCCAUCAAGUACCAAUUUGCAAACUUCAAGAAUGAUGGGUAUAGUAAGUCUGGGAAGGGUUACCUGAAGCUUCAAUUGAUCAACCAGAGGGAAGAUUUCUCAUUUGCACUUUUUUCUGGGGGUCUCUUGAAGCCGAAGCUGAUUGCCGUCUCAAACAAAGUAGCAUUCGCGAAUCCAAAGGCACCCGUCUACCCACGUUUGGCGCAAGGGAAGUCAUGGAAUGAAAUGACAGUCACUUGGACAAGUGGAUACGAUAUCAAAGAAGCAGUUCCUUUUGUUGAAUGGGGUGAAAAAGGAGGACGACAGCUUCUUUCUCCAGCUGGGACACUGACAUUUGACAGAAACAGCAUGUGUGGUGCACCAGCGCGAACUGUUGGGUGGCGCCAUCCUGGUUACAUUCAUACUAGUUACUUGAAGGAUCUGUGGCCAGACUCCAUGUACACCUACAGGCUUGGCCAUCGGUUACAGAACGGCAGCCGCAUCUGGAGCAAGUCGUACAGUUUCAAAGCAUCACCUUAUCCUGGACAAGAUUCUUUGCAACAGGUGGUCAUAUUUGGGGACAUGGGGAAGGCAGAGGCAGAUGGUUCCAAUGAGUACAAUAACUUCCAGCCAGGCUCACUGAAUACUACUAAUCAGAUCAUUAGAGACCUGGACAACAUCGACAUGGUGUUGCACAUUGGGGACAUUUGCUAUGCGAACGGCUAUUUGUCACAGUGGGAUCAGUUCACUGCACAGAUUGAACCGAUUGCUUCAACUGUGCCAUACAUGAUUGGCAGUGGUAAUCAUGAGAGGGACUGGCCUGGAACUGGUUCUUUCUAUGGAAACCUUGACUCUGGUGGAGAAUGUGGUGUUCCUGCUCAAACUGUAUUCUACACACCAGCUGAGAACCGUGCAAAAUUUUGGUAUGCGACCGACUAUGGCAUGUUCAGAUUUUGCAUUGCUCACACAGAAGAAGAUUGGAGGCCAGGGACCGAACAGUACAAGUUCAUUGAGCACUGCCUGUCAUCUGUUGAUAGGCAGAAGCAGCCAUGGCUCAUCUUCCUUGCACACCGUGUUCUCGGGUACUCAUCCAACUCAUACUAUGGAUUCGAGGGUACAUUUGAGGAACCAAUGGGACGAGAAGCGCUGCAGGAGCUCUGGCAGAAGUACAAGGUCGAUCUCGCCUUCUACGGUCAUGUUCACAACUAUGAAAGGACAUGUCCAGUCUACCAGAGUCAGUGUGUUGUUAACGCAUCGAACCACUACAACGGGCCGUUCCAGGCAACAACGCAUGUGGUUGUCGGUGGCGCCGGUGCCAGUCUUUCAGACUUCACCAGUUCGAAGAUCCAAUGGAGUCAUUUCAGGGACUUCGACCAUGGUUUCGCAAAGCUCACAGCCUUCAAUCAUUCGUCCUUGUUGUUUGAGUACAAGAAGAGCCGUGACGGCAAUGUUUACGACCACUUUACGGUCUCGCGUGACUACCGAGAUGUCCUUGCUUGCUCUGUUGACAACUGCCCAAGGACCUCACUGGCUUCCUGAAGGUCCCACGCUAUCAGAGAGUAGAAUCAGUUGAUGGGGGCCUCUUAGACCAACAAGCUAGUUAGUAGUUACUGACUUACUGUACAUAAUUUUUUUUGGGUUGCAUCAAUAAAUCGUUUUGCUCCGUAGGCAACUGCCAAGGACAACACUGGAUUCUGAAGACAUUUUGUUGUUACCUGCUUCUAAGUGGGUUGAGCAACAAACUAGUUACUGUCAUUAUUUUUGGCUUGCAAUGCUCAGGCUCCAAGUGAAGGAAUUGUAGAGAAUAAAAAAGGAGGAAAUUAAUUAA